GAAUUAGUAGCUACGUUAUCACUAGUACAGUAGAGAGAAAAAAAAAAAAAAAAAAAAAAAAAAAAACGUUGGCGUGCGUUCAAUAGAUUAAAUCUAUCCCUGAAGACGAUGGUCUAUGGUUUCUUUCUGCCCCUUCCCGUUUUUGGUUAUUCCAAACUUCUUUGCGUCGUCUUCUUCUUCCAUUCCACCGUGUUGUUUUCUCUUUUCUUUUGCUUUCCCUCUCAUUUCCUCUCCUCCUCUGCCCCAGAAUUAACCAAACCUAACAAUAAUGAAACAGUCAGCUUGGCUGUGAUCGCAGCAGCUCCAGCUCAAUUCUCCAACGAAGACUCUCGGUCAAUUUGCCGGUCGAUCAACUGGGAUCCUGCAGCGAUCCUAGUAUGGGAAGAACCUAACUGGGAGAAGGUACAAAGAAACAGCCGGACAGGCAAUCUACUAGUUAAAACUGUCGUUUGCGAACUAGAUGUGCUUAGAUGUACUCCAGUCGUUCGCUCGUUUCCACUCAUUAUUAUUCUUCCUUUCGGACAUGACAGUGUGCACAUGAAGUCUGCGGCGCAGACAUACUCGGCCAAUUGAUAUUGAUUGUCUCGUCCUAUGGGAAGAAGCCACUUCUCUUAUCGUUGUCAUCAUCGUUCAUAAUCUUUCGCCGUGCGCCGUCUUACGAGGGAAAUCAUUCAUCAUCUUGCAGAGGUGCUGGUCAUCUGUCCCCCCCCUCCCCCCGCAUCGUUCGGGUUUAGUUCAGCUCGUCGUCGAAUAGCUCGGAUUUUACUCUUCUUACUCUUCUUACCAUUCUUACCAUCCCUGGCGCUGGAAGAGAGAAGACCCGGAACUAAAGAAGGGU